AUGGACUUUGAGUAUAAUGAAUGUCCUAAUUUCACUUCACAAUCAUCAUCAUCCACUUUCAUAAGCCAUAAACUCUCAGCACCACCAAAUCCUACUCCAUUAUGGGAUUCAUCAAACCCACAAACGAGUAAUAAUAUUUCAUCAAAAAGAAAAGCAGGGAGAAAGAAGUUUAAGGAGACUCGGCAUCCAGUGUAUAGAGGUGUAAGGCAAAGAAAUGGUAACAAAUGGGUGUGUGAAAUUAGGGAACCAAACAAGAAAUCAAGGAUAUGGGUAGGGACUUACACUACACCUGAAAUGGCUGCUAGGGCACAUGAUGUGGCCGUGUUAGCACUUAGAGGAACCUCAGCAAAGUUCAAUUUCCCUGAUUCAGCUUUUCUUCUUCCACUUCCAAACUCAUGUUCCCCUUCAGAUAUAAGGGCAGCAGCAGCAAAAGCAAACGCUACCUUUUCUUCCUCUCAUAACAAUUCUCGUGUUGUGGAUACUGAAGACCCUUGUUUGGUUGAAGGGAAUAGUCACAAAAGUGUAUUGAAUAUCAGCAUGCAAGAUGUGGAGGGUGCACUUCAUCAUGAUAAUGAUGCAUUUUUGGAUGAGGAAGCACUUUAUAAUAUGCCAGGUUUGUUAGAUAGUAUGGCAGAGGGUUUGAUUAUUACCCCACCUUCUAUGACUAGAGCAAUGGAUUCGGAAGAUAAUGGUUGUCAAAUAGACCUUACUCUAUGGACAGACUAA